AUGUUUGUUGUAAGCGUUCUUAACCGUUGCCAUGGAGACGGUCCUAGCUUGCGCGACGAUUCGGUAAAUAAACGGCGCAAAAUGACGCAGGGGAAAGAAAACAAACAUAAAACUACGGUACAAACCGACAAUCAGGAGAAGGAGAACGCGUGCGGGGAAGCAGGGCUGCCUCAUGCAGCGGAAGAGAGAGGAAACAGAAAGUUGGUGAGCUGCUCCGCUGGUUUACAAGUGACUUCAGCGGAUGUGGCGCAGAACCAAACCGACCUCCGAGACGCGCAGCUCGAGAAUGAUGACGCUUACGAACUUCCUGCUUUGUGUAGCUUAAUUGUGCAGAGAUAUGAAGGGGACACCUGUGAAGGCCAGUUUCAUGGAGCAGGUGUUGCUCUGUUUGAAGGAGGCGCAGGGUACAAGGGGAUGUUUUCCAAGGGACUGAUGGAUGGACGUGGUGUCUUCACACAGGCAGGCGGAUUGAAAUAUGAGGGAGAAUUUGUGUGCAACAUGCCCAUGGGCCAGGGCACCUACACCUGGCCGGAUGGCAGCUCCUAUAAGGGGGACGUGUACGAUGCUAUCCGACACGGGACUGGAACCUACACAUGUGCAAACAACGGUGUGUCGUACACGGGGCAGUGGGAUCGGGGCACGAGGCACGGAAAGGGCGUAGUAUAUUAUAACCAGGAUGAGACCUCUUGGUACAAAGGAGACUGGGUGAAGAACAACAGAGAGGGAGGGGGCACAAGACGCUACCCCUCUGGUAACAUUUACUCUGGUGAGUGGAAGAGCAACCUGAGACACGGCGAGGGCACCAUGAGGUGGUUAGAACUGGGACAGCAGUAUGUUGGGAUGUGGCAGAAUGGAGUCCAGCACGGACGAGGCACACAUGUCUGGAUCCUGAGGCGAGCCGAUGGAUCCCAGUAUUUCCAGAGCAAUCGGUACACGGGGGGUUUCCUUCAGGGUCACAGGCACGGGCAGGGAUCUUUUUACUACGCCUGUGGUGCGAUCUAUGAAGGAGAAUGGAGGAAGAAUGAAAAACAUGGGAAGGGAAAAUUCACUUUUGAGGAUGGACGUGUUUUUGAAGGAGAGUUUGUGGAAGAUCAGAUGAUGACGCACAAAGCUCCAACUCUUCGUCCUGGCUCAUCUUUCUUAGGACCGGACAUGGCUCUGAACAUUGAAUGUCUUCUGGAGGAAUUCCCUGAGAGAAAGCGCGACGCUGAGCGCAGAAAGGUGGAGAGUGAGAUGUCGAAGCAAUCAGGAGAGCUGAGGUCUGUCUACGCGUUCUACAGCAGACUCGGUCAUGCCCACUCUCCAGAGAACAGCUUCCGGCUGUCCCGCCUGCAGCUCUGGCGCCUGCUUAAAGACUGUAACAUCCACCAUCACGGCGUCACGCUCACACAGAUGAACCGUUUUGCCAGAGGAUGUGCCACCACAGCAGAGAUCCACUCUCCCUUCACUCCCGUGCUUCUGCGUACGAUCCUCAGCUGUCUGGUGGUUGUGGCUUACCACAUCUACCAUAAGGACAUGACGUCACAAGACAACCUUCUGGCCGCCUGCUUUAACAAACUGAUGACGGACAACAUCUGUCCGAAUGCUAAGAAUGUAAAAGGCUUCCUGUUUAGGCAGCCGGACUGUGCAGCGGUGGCUGUGAGCUACUCAGAGAAGUGCUGGGAAGUCUAUCAGACUUACUGCAGAGUCAGUGCAGCGUCCAGAGAGGAGCAGACCAUGACGGGCCGACACCUGCUGCGGAUGUUCAAGGAUCUCCAUCUGCUGGACAAUCAGCUGACCUCAGCGAGACUGCUGCAGAUCAUCGCUGCAGAGAGCCGAGAGCCCAGCAACCCGUCCGCCUGUCUGGAUCUGGAGAUUACAUUCCUGGAGUUCUUCGAGGUUCUUCUGGGCUCUGCUGAAGUCAAGUGUCGGCAGGUUUUGCCAGCCGGCCGUGACGCCGAGGCCAGCGAGACUACAAACAGCCCCCCCCGGCCGACAAGUGACGCAGCAGAAUUAUCCACUGCUCGAGAUGUGGAGAGUCAACAAGCAGUCAAGACUAAAGUCAACGAGGGACGUCCACGUGCAGAAGGGAAGAGGUCAUGUGUUCCUGUAGAGCGCACAGGUGAAGGAAAGGUCGUGCGAACCCGAGGGAUUGAAGCCAAAGAUCGUGAAGUGGAGCUCUGGAACCAAACGAUCCAUCAAUUCUUCAACCACUUCUUCUUCCCGGCUUUUGAACACAACCAGUUAUUGUCCAGAUACAUGAAAGAGGACGCCCAGAGACACGUCGCUCUACAGAGACACGUCGCUACAGAGACGUCGCUCUACAGAGAGACGGGCAGAGGCGGCGUCAGGGCUGAUGAAUGACACAAGAUGCAGCAGAGAAACCGGAUGAAAGCAGCAAGAAGAACUGUUCCGAUAAGAUAAACUAAAUAUCAAGAGCUUUCAAAUACUCUGAGAAAUAAAAGCAUUGCGUUCAGCGCCGGUCUGUGUUUGGAUGUAAGAGAAGAGUAAAAGCCAUUUUCCUUGUUGUAACUAGAACUUUAAUUAUAAGACGAAACUAUUUUUCAGCAAUCUAAAAAUAGAACUCCGAAUCACUCGAUACAUUUUGUUUUCUUCCAAAGUAAAUAAAGUAGUCUGUAUAUGUAGAAAAGAUAAGAUAUGUAAAGAUAUAAAAGAAACACAUCAGAGCG